AUGGUAUUAGCCAUCGCUAAUACUCAUAAUAGAAGGUGGGUUGGCAGGCAGGGACUAAGGGGCGAGAGGAUGACUAGGGACGGGACACGGCUUGGGGAUGGGAUGCUGGCUAGAGGAUGUGGCCAUGGAGAUGAGGGUGCAGGGAUGGGGCCACAGAAAGGUGGCACGAGUCGGGGUUGUGGGGUCAGGUCGGCAGGAUGGGGCCGCAGGCUGGGGGCUCCAUGGCAGGGGCCGUCGGGUCGGGCCGGCGAUGUUGGAGGGGUUGGGUUGGCCGCAAGCAUGGAGGGAUGCGGGCAUGGGUCCGCAGGGUCAGGGAGGCCGCGAGCGUGGAGGGACAUGGGCUCGGAGUCGUGGGGUCGGGCAGAUGAUGUUGGUGUUGGCGAGGUCGGGCAGCCACGAGCAUGGAGGGAUGCAAGCUCAGGUUCGUGGGAUUGGGAUGGCGGGGUCGAGGUGGCCGCAGGCAUGGAGGGACGUGGGCUCAGGGCAGCCGUGGACAUGGAGGGAUGCAGGCUCGGGGCCACGGGAUGCCAGAGGGAUGAGGCAGGGAGGGAUGGGGCGCUUGGGCGUCGGUGA